CAACCCUAGAACAACAACAACAACAAUGGCGUCAAAGGAAACAGAUUCUCAGAUAGAUAAACUAACAAACAUCUCUGGACCAGAGUUUACAAAUGUGUCCUUAGAAGGUGGACCAAAACAGAAAAAAAUACCAAGAAGAAUAAUACAUUUUAGUGAUGGAGUAUUAGAAGAAUAUUCUACAGAUGAAGAAGAAGAAAAAUUACCAGAAAAACCGUCAGUAGAUCCAAAAACAUUAAAAUGGGUGCCAUGGUUUUGGCAUUAUAUUGUGGUUAGUGCUGUUACUGCUCUAGGAGCUGCUGACUUCUGUGGAGAGAAAUUGGCCUGGUUUUUUGGAAUAACAUCACCUAAAUAUCAACAUGCUAUUGAUGAGUAUUAUAGAUUAAAAGAUGAGGAGGAAAAUGAAAAGAAGACAAGAGGAGAAAAAUAUGAAGAAAAAAAUAGUCAGUUAUCCAGUAUCAAUGUUGAUAAUGAUAUUUCAAUGACUCCAUUUCCAGUUUCUACUUCAGGUCCAAAUAAAGAUGAAUAUGAAAAAUAUUAACUGUGUGUGCCAUUCACUGUUUUAUACAUUUUGUAUAUUUUUUGUUUUCAAUACCUAUAUGGUAGAGGAGGCCAAGUUGAACAAGAUUUUAAAUGUGAAAUAAGAAAACCCUCUGUUUAUAUGAUUAUGAUAUUUUUAAUGAUUUGAAAUUUGUGAAUUGUGUAAUAAUUCGAGUUAUGUCCCUUGAUACAGUUAUUUGAAUGGUGAGUGAAUGAUUGUAUCUGAAUCAUGUCUUUAGAAUAUAUAUUAAGUAAUGAUUUGGACAGUUAAAAGUAAAUUUAUGCUUGUUGAACAAUAUGACUUACCCUCACAUUUAAAUCAGCCGAAUUUUCCAGAAUAAAGAAUCUUGGGCCUUAUUCUUCAAACCAAGAUAAAAUCAAGUGUAAGACAAGGCCAUGUCACUUCAGUCUAUGAAACCUAAAUCUAAAUCUAAUUAUUAACACUGUGUUUUUAAUAUUAUUAAAUUCCUUUGCUUUGUAAUGUCUUAAUAUUUUCUUCAAUGUUCCUAUCGAAUCAAACUUAAUCUCAGGGUGUGGAGGGUUAUUUAAGUAAAUUUAUGUAAAAAUCAUGAACAUCUGUUGAAAAUAGAAUCACAUAGAAUUUAUGUUUGCUUAUUGAGGAUGGAUCUGUUUUAUUAUUUAUUCAAAUAUUUUGUAAAUAAGAGUUUAUUUAUGUUUUUUUUUCUCUCAAAUAAAGAUGAUUAAAUAUUUAC